AACCCCACUUUGCUUUGGAGUUUUGAGGGAAGCUCAGAGAUUGAGCGAGGGAGCGAGGCGAUCGAUAUCAUAUGGCGAUAUCUGAUGCAGUGGUUGGGAACCUAACAACUCUGUACCUGGCUGCAAUAGCGGCGAUCAAAGCGUUUGGUCUGAUGUCGGGGAGGAGCUUCUCCGGCGGGUUUGUUCUAGUUGCAUCUACAAUCGCGGUAGGGGCGAUCCUCGUCGGCACUCUCGCUUGGGAUGUAUCACGUAAGGCCACGCAUGCUUUCUCUCCUGCUUUAUCUCCCGAUCCGACGGACGAGAGGUGUCGAGGUGGUAUUUGUUGGCAUGGUGUCGCCGUCCGGUCGCCGGUGUCUCAGGUCCGGUUUCGGCUCCCCCAACGGCCUUCGUCAGGCCGUCUUUAG